AUGUGGUACUAUUGAAGUCCAAAGUUGAAAAGUAGACAGAUUUCAAAGCACUGAUUUUGCAUCAUCACGUGUGUCUCCCAGCCAGCAAACCAUCGCUAUCCCUCAAAUUAUGGUAUCCCUUUGGCUACGUGAAACAUAUUCAACUAUAAAAGGCCCCCAUUAGCACCAACCCUUUUCCCCACAGUCCAUGAAACCACCUUGCUUUUGAAUUCUCACCUAUUCUAUUCCAUUCACCUUUCUGCCACACUUCAUUGUGCCUUGCCAGCAUCUUGGUCCUGCCACCAUGGUUUCUGAGACAGUCCAGAGCCAAUCGAAGAACGUGUGUGUGAUUGGAGCUGGACCAUCAGGGCUGGUGGCAGCCAGGGAGUUGAGAAAAGAGGCUCACAGGGUGGUUGUGUUGGAGCAGAAUCAUGAUGUUGGAGGGCAGUGGCUUUAUGAGGCAAAUGUGGAAGAAGAGGACCCUUUAGGGAGAAAGCCUUUUCUAAAGGUGCAUAGCAGUAUCUAUGAAUCCUUGAGGCUUACAUCUCCACGUGAGAUCAUGGGGUUCUCUGAUUUUCCAUUUUUGGUCAAGAAGGGUAGAGACAUGAGAAGGUUCCCUAGUCACACAGAGCUUCUUCUCUACUUAAAUGACUUCUGUGAAUACUUUGCCUUGAGAGAGGUCAUAAGGUUCAACACAAGGGUGGAUCAUGUGGGAAUGUUGGAUUAUGGUGUCUGUAGUAGUGAUUUGAAAUGGAUUGUCAGAAGCAUAGAUAAGAACAGUGAGAAGGUGGUGGAAGAGGUGUUUGAUGCAGUUGUUGUGGCCACUGGUCAUUACUCUCAACCAAGAUUGCCCUCAAUUCAAGGAAUGGAUACAUGGAAAAGGAAACAGAUGCAUAGUCACAUAUACAGGACCCCAGAACCAUUCAAUAAUGAGAUUGUGGUGGUGGUUGGAAAUUCCUUGAGUGGACAAGACAUAUCAAUAGAGCUUGUGGAAGUAGCAAAGGAAGUCCACAUGAGUUCCAGAUCUCUGAACAUCUCUGAAGGUUUAUCUAAAGUCAUAUGCAAACAUGCAAACUUCCAUCUUCAUCCACAGAUAGAGAGCCUUCAAGAAGAUGGACGGGUGACCUUUGUGGAUGGUUCUUCCAUUCUUGCAGACUCUAUUUUGUACUGCACAGGGUAACUUCCUACAACCAGAUAAUCAAUUUUGAAUAAAGAUGAUUAAGCAUCUAUAUUUGACAGUGAUCUACUGUAUAUAAUGAAUAGUACACCUAAUCAAAGGGCAAAACUAAUCUUAAUAUAAGUUUCAUUUCACCAAGUUAAGU